UAAAAAUGAAAAAACUGACGCUGGAUAGAGUGACUAAAACUUUAAAUCUCAUUGUGAUGGUAAAGUAUCUAACUAUGAAGAGACUGCAAAUACAUUUCCCUUUAUUUUUUAAAUGUGAUUGGGGCUGAAUGGCAAAUGAAUGCAUCAAAAACUAUUUGAGGAGCUGGAGACUGAGGGACAUUGAACAAAGAUCAACUUUGUGUAACAUUGCAGUUGAAGCAUUCUGCCUCACUUGCCCGGGCAAGCCUGACAACACAACUAGUAACUACAACAAAUAGUGCAACAGGUACAACACUGAUUUAGCCAAAGAAUUCAUUUGUCCAUGUGGCUGAAUUUUACCUGUAGCGAAUGAUCCCUUUUUUGAAAGAGUGAAUUACAUUCACGACUGUGAAAAAAGGAUUUGGGAGGAGAGAUGGAGGAAAAACUUAAUAAAGUAACUCAUUAACGUCUUUGUCUUAAGGGCAUGUUACAGGCAGGCGGGUAUUAUGGUCUGUUCAGCAACCUUUGCUCAGUAGGUUUCGUGGUAUUUUCAGAAGAGGAAGACAAAAGCUGUUAAAAGUCAGGUCGACGUUACUCUGGUGAGCCGCUCUGUAAGUAGGUCUUGUGAUACAGGUAAGUCAUUUUAGACUUUUUUUGUGUGUGUGCGUGUGUGUGUGUGUUGUGGUUUUAGAUUGUGUAAAUUGACAGUGAGUGAGUGCGUUUGUGAUGUAGUUGACACAUUAUUGGGUCUUUAUUUGACCAGUUUACUGCUGCUUCAAAUGAAAUAUAUUUAGCCAAACUACACAGUAUGGAUAUAGUGUACUUUGGGAUUAUCAUCUGUGCAACAUCUCUGUGGAGGCUAUGUGUAAAGUUAAUUAGUAAACACUUCAGGAUUGUAAUCAUGGAUAUUGCACCAGACCUGAAAAGUCAGCUCCCUGAAAUCAUGUGACAACUGCUGUUUGAACGGGUAAUUCACAAAGACAAAGAUUGACGUUGUUGUUGAUGUUCAUCUGUUUUAGUUGCCAGUUGCCAUGGAUUCUGGAUUCAUCUACUUUUUGAAAACUGCUGCUCUUGUCCUGAUAUUUCAGGGUUAUGAUUUCCCAAAACUAAGGGCUGAGAAUCAAUGAUGGUGUAUCAUGAUGUAGGUCAAACCACUGCUGCCCAUUUCUAAAUAGUUGGGGGUAAACAAACUAGAACCUUUUUCCCUCUUAAGCUCUCAGAAACCAACUCUGCUUGCUACAUCUGAAAAAAGAAACAUAUGGAUUCAUCUUAUACUCGCAUUUUCAUUAUAAUCUUUUAAGCAGCAGGCGUUUGAACUGAAACUAAUAUCAGUAUUUUGCAAUAUCUGGUUGUUUUAAUGGGACUUAUUUACAGAUCUACAAACAGCAUCGUAAUAUUUCAACCCUUUUCGCUCACUAUGCACUAAUUUACUGUUAAAAGAACAACGGGUUUGAAUUACCACACAAAUCAACAACUGUCAUAUUAGACAGUGGCCUGUUAAUGAAUUAAUACCACAGAUUUACUUGUAGUGUUGUUUAUGCUGUUACUCCUUAAUCUCCACAAUUGAAAAGGUUUUUUUCUCCCAUGAUGUAGAAGGAAAAUAAAGUCUAAUCAAAUCUUUCAAAUUAAUUAUAUGUAUUAAACAGUGUAAAUGGAAUCGAACUUCAGGAAAGUAAAUAUACAACAGAAAAGACCAUCUAACAAUAUAAAUCUCCAAUUUUUCCAAUGAAAUCAAUCAGGACGUGCAAUAAGCGUAAAGAUCAUUUUAAUCCGUUAAUACUCCAGCGUCAGUUUUAAAUACAUUGUUAGACGCAAGGACCUGGUUAAAUGUUUAUUGGCCAUGAAAUUUGAAAUAUAUCAUCCUUACUGCAGGUGUCAGGAUGUCGUAUCAGCCACACUUUACCAUUCCGAUAAGACUACUUGAAUGUCUGUCUCAAAACAAUACUGGCAAUCUACAUGAAAAGAAUGGUUGUUUGCUCUGUUCCUUUUCUGCAAAAUAGCUGCCAAAAUAUCCUCUCUAAUUCAAACCAAGUGAGUCUCACUUAUGGCCAUUUCAGUGCAUAUAUUUCCGUAUUGUUUUUGCAUUUCCUUACAUAAUGUUUGCUGAUCUAACAUCACAAAAGCUCAUGAUUUGAUUUCCCCUCAGGAGGCGGAGAUGUGCCGGUGGAGCUGCAUCCUCCUCGCGGAGUUUUUUCUUUGUGGAGCUUUUAUCAGAGAAGCACAUCAGGCUACUACACCAGAUGUUGGGGGAGACAAAAGCGCUGAGACGCGUCUUCUGAUGGAAUUAGAUCACACCAGCAGUAACGAUUCUGCAAUUAAAAAGGCAGACGAUCCGGACGGGAGCCGAAAGUUGGUGGAGUGGUCGUAUCUGGCUGCAGGACUGGGCACGCUCCUCGCCGUCUCCCUCCUCAUCGUGAUGGCCGUCAAGUUUCGUCUCCUCCACCGCUUCCUGGCCAGCUACCGUCACUCUCUGCUGCAGGAGGCCGACGGGGUCAGCCAGUACGGCCGGGACGAGCCGCCCUUUCCUGACAGCGCGCUGGGCAGAAUGGGAGGCACUCACAGGGAGCUGGACGACGACGACGACGGCUUCAUCGAGGACAACUACAUCCAGGCCAGUGAGAAAGAAAGGGCAGAGAGGGAGAGAGGCGAAGAAGACGAGGAGGAGGAGGAGGAGGAGGAAGACAGCGACGACGAUCUUCAGUUCACUAUAGGGUGAUUAGAUUCACGGGGAUUUCAUCAGGAGCAGCUGCAGAAAAAAACAAAGUAGGCUAAAGAGUGAGAUGGUGAUUGACAGUCGACGGAAAGGCUUUGAUUUCAAGUUGUUAUGGUUGUACACUUAUAAAAUUAAGCACUGUAAACAUCUGUGAACUGUUAAGAGUAAGUUCCCCUGAAGAAGCUUCACAUUUAAAAGGAACUAGAGUCUGAAGUUACGACAAUGAUUCACGAACGAGCCGAGUUAAGAUGAGAAUCGAGUUGUUGAUGUAUGUUACUGCUUCUCUUUGACUCCAUCUCACUGCAGGAUCACAGUUGCAGCUGUUCUGAGGCUCGUUACAGAAUAACAGAUUCAGUGAAUGAACAGAAGGAAUUAUCUGAUUGAAUCUCCUAAAACGUCAACGUUUUGACUUUACUUCUUCAUCAGACUUCUUGUUUGAAUUCUUUUGUGUGCAUUAUACCAAAGAGGAUGAAUUGUUCCCUUUUUGUAGUGUGCUAAUGGUAUUUUUAAUUAAUUUAUUAAUUAAAAUGUUCAUAUUCAAGUGUUUGGUUGAUUUUAUUUGAGUGCAAAUCAACAAUAAAGACUUUAUAAUAUUGUU